AUGGGUUCGAGCAAAGGGGUGGUUUUCCAAAUUGUAAGAGUUUUUUGGCCUUUGCUUCUAUUGACGUGGGCACAUCAUGCAUGGGGCAACCUGGGAUACUACAAUUUCACCGUGGAGUCAAGCCCUUACACGAGGCUGUGCAGGACAAAGGUCAUACUCACUGUUAAUGGGCAGUACCCGGGGCCAACACUUUAUGUUCGUAAAGGAGGAACCCUCAUAGUAAAAGUUCUCAAUAAAUCUAGCUACAAUAUCACUCUUCACUGGCACGGGGUUAAGCAGCCAAGGAAUCCAUGGUACGAUGGUCCUGCGUAUAUAACACAAUGCCCAAUUAAACCAGGAGGGAGGUUCACAUACAAAGUCUUCUUCUCCGCAGAGGAGGGGACUGUGUGGUGGCAUGCUCAUAGUGACUGGAGUCGGGCCACGGUGCAUGGUGCCAUCGUCGUAUACCCUCGAAUUGGAGCGAGCUACCCCUUUCCAAAGCCUGAUGGAGAGAUGCCCAUUAUAUUUGGAGAAUGGUGGAAGAAAGAUGUUAUGCAGGUUUUGAGGGAAGCCGUAAUCACGGGGGGAGACCCCAAUAUUUCUGAUGCUUUUAACAUUAAUGGCCAGCCCGGUGAUCUCUACCCUUGCUCUAGAUCAGGGACAUUUCGCAUGUUUGUAGAGCAAGGAAAGACCUACCUCCUUCGACUUGUCAAUUGUGCCAUGAACGAUGAAUUGUUCUAUUCUGUAGCAAACCACACACUCACAGUAGUAGGAAUGGAUGGUAGCUACCUCAAGCCAUUCGCAACAAACUUUAUCGUGAUCACCCCUGGCCAAACCAUGGAUGUUCUCCUCACCGCAAACCAACCUAGAAAUCUCUAUUACAUGGCUGCUAGGUCAUAUUCUAGUGGCCAAGGAGUCGCCUUUGAUAACACAACAACAACAGCAAUUCUACAGUAUGCUAACACCAAAAACACUUCAGUUCCAAUAUUCGCAACCCUCCCAUAUUACAAUGACACCUCCUCAGCUACAAGUUUCACUCUAAAACUAAAAAGCUUGGCCUCUAAGGACCACCCAAUUAGUGUGCCAACAAAUAUAGAUGAUAGUCUAGUAAUCACAGUCUCAGUGAAUACGAUACCAUGUGUUAAUAACUCAUGUCAAGGGCCUAACGGCAGUAGAUUGGCUGCAAGUUUGAAUAACAUCUCUUUCCAAAACCCAUCAUUUGAUAUCCUUCAAGCUUACUAUGCUAGAGUAAGUGGGGUUUUCACAAAAGACUUUCCUAGUAUGCCACCUUUUGUAUUCAAUUUCACCGCUGAUAGUUUUCCUGAGAGUCUUCAAAUACCUGAGUUGGGAACCAAGGUCAGGUUCUUGGAGUGGAACUCAAAUGUUCAGAUAGUUUUUCAGGGGACAAAUUUGGUUGCUGGAGAAAAUCAUCCCUUCCAUGUUCAUGGGCAUAGUGUCUAUGUGGUUGGGCAAGGAUUUGGGAACUAUGAUGCAGUGAAGGAUCCUCUAAGUUUCAAUCUGCUUGAUCCACCCAACCUUAAUACCGUGGACGUCCCGGUCCGAGGAUGGGCGGCAAUAAGAUUCAAAGCGAACAACCCUGGGGUAUGGUUUCUACACUGCCAUUUAGAACGUCAUUUGACAUGGGGAAUGAAUACAGUAUUCAUCACUAAGAACGGACCGAGUCUAAGCGAUCGCUUAUUGCCUCCACCUCCUGAUUUACCGAGUUGCUAGGAAAAAAAAAUGCCAACAUCUGAACUUGAUCCCAACCAUUUGGGGUCAGCAUGCUAGAAAAAGUAACAGAGAGCGAUAGGCAUAUCAUUGAGAUGUUGGCUUUGUGAUUUGUAGCAUGGGUGUGCUAUUUGUAAGAAAGGAGUAAAUCUGGAAGGGCAACUUUGGACCUGUUCUAUGCUUUAUUGCCUGAUGUUAAUUUCACUCCCCUCUUUCUGCAAGGAAGAGUGGGACUGGCAUUGUAUAUUCAUUUCUCAUUUGUGCAUGUAUAAGAGCAUCCUACCUA